AUGAAUUCAAGAGGAGUAGAUUCCUCUAGUUUCAGAGAGCUCUAUCUCAGACGCUUUCUCUGGGCUCUGAAAAGUAUUAGAAGGCCCACGGGAAGUAGUCAAGGUGAUGGAGAUGAAGUUGCAGAGGUCCUGAGGUCGAGUCGUAAUGUAAAGCUGGCAGCAGAUGUUUCCCUUGCCCUCACUGCAAACCGUGCAGCUUGGAGCCGAGCCCUCCUCAACAGAAUUUCCAGUGACGAGAUAAACAGGCCUGCUCUUAGGAAAAUUCUGGAGCCUUCGAAAUUCCAAGCAAUAAUUGCACAGAGGGCCAGGCAACAAUCUCGUUUGAUAUAUCAGUCCAGGCUAAAACAUGCCCACAUGCAGCAGCACAAUUUUCAUGGCUUGAGAGGCUCAAAACAGAGUAGUUUGUCAUUAUAUAGAAUUUUCUUUUCUAAGAGAAUGAAACCUUCUUUCUCAUCACAUGCUCGCAUGUUUAACAGGCGUACAAGGCAGCUGCAAAUGCUUGUCCCAGGUGGGGAAUCCAUGGAGGAGUCUUGCUUGCUCAGAGAAACCGCAGAUUACAUCAGAUCUCUUACAAUACAGGUAGAGGUCCUGCAAUCUCUAGUGAAUUCUGUCAAUGGUAACCAACACCCACCUUGA